AUGCAAAUCUCAAGCACAUUUACUCUCAUCACAUUAUUGGCUUUCUUUCCUUUCGCCAUCCAUGCAGAAUCAGAUGCAGAAAAACCCAAUCCCUACCCCAACGAUUAUAUAAUUAUAAAACCGCUCAAGUGGGUAAGUGACUAUCUGCCAAUCUAUGAGGCCGAGGGAAAGGAAGCUUUCCGUUUUUCCAAGUAUCGGCUUGACCCAUUUAAUGGGAUGACAUUUGUGGCACUCAUGGACCCAUCUUCCAAAGCUUCUUUUAAACUCUCCUCGAAUAAUGAUAACCACUGCAAUGACGAGUCAAAGCACGAGGAAGAUGUGAAGCAGAAGGACAAUUUACCAAAGCGAAAAUUUGAAAAGGAAAGAAGGAAAAGAAAAGGGGAUGUCUGGAGAUUCAACGUCCUUCCUGACGGCCAAGAUGUCCGGCAGUACUACAAGUAUUACUACAAUAAUAAGAACAUAGGAGGUAGCAUUUAUAAGGAGGGCAACGGACAAAAGGACGAACUGGUUGGCCUGAUCAGAACUCAAAAGCGGAACUUGGUCUGGGUGGAUCCUAAUCAAAACACCGAGACUUUUACCCUUUCAUGCGCCAAUAAUUCCCCAGUACCUGAAUUCGCCACCUUGCUGGCCUUGGUCUUUGCCAAAGCCUCUGAUUGUUGA